AUGGGUGCCCGAGCCCCGAAGUUGCUUGUCGCCCUUGCGCUGGGCAAGACCGCGUACUCUGCCGCAAUAAACAGCAGCGCAACCAUCACAGCCGCGCCGACUCUUUCUACAACGGUAGCUCCCGGCGAUGUGCAGUAUUACUGCGAUGGCACGAGCAUCCCAAUAAUCGUGGGUGGCCUGUAUCAGGGCCUGUAUACCUCGCCCGACUUGCAAUGCCAGUGCAUGAAGUCUCUGAACGACUGGGUUUCCGACACGGGCACACAUACAAUCACGAGAACCGAUGCUACCGGAGCGACUACAAUCACGGAAACCAUCAGUGGAACGCCGACCACCAGAACAACCGCUGCCCUGAGUACUUUCACCAUAACAGUCACAGGGAAUGGUAUCGGUGCUGGAAUACACGCCGACCAGUGUGCUAUUCGUGCACCGUUCAAGCGUCGACAGUUCAUCUGGUCCACUGGGCAAGCAUUACAGCGCCUCGUGCUUCAACCCUUUACAUCUCCCAGCGUUUACAUUGGCUUUUCUGCACUGUCUGCGUACGACUACUGCGGAAAGGUCGGUCGAGCCUAUUACAACACUACGGUCGCAUUUGAUCCCACUGAGUUGUCGACCGUGGUGUUUUCGCCAACAGGCACCAGCACUUACACGAGAGAUGUUGGUACGGGUGGCGCCCCCGUUAUCAGUGUCAUCACGAGCACCUGGUAUACGGUCGUUGGCUCGGCGCCUCUCAACUUUGCCGAUGUGGCCCAAAAUUGCUCGACCAAUUCGGGUUAUACUUACGUCCCAGGCGCCCCGUCCGCGGCUUUUGACUCAACUCCCGAUGCUUGUCACCCUACAAUCAUCUUGCCGUCCAAGAUUCGGAGUCUGGACCCGGCGUGGGUGUCAUGUGUCCCGGACAGAAUCGGAGGGUUCUACGACCCGCCCUCGGCUCUCACGCCAGUGAGCGUUCUGGUGCCCACGUCCACCAGCGCGCCGCCACCAGCGACAACACAGGUCCCACCGUCCGAGACUACCCCAACGCUUACACCUCCAUCUGUCCCGACCACCACGCAGCCUCCUCCCACUCAGCCUCCGACUCAGCCUCCUCCAAGCUCAACCGACACACCGUCAAGUCCAGACCCGCCAAGCUCUUCGCAGGCACCGUCAACACCAGACCCGCCAAGCUCUUCGCCGGACGUUCCGACGCAAGAUCCUCCAAGCUCUUCUCAGGGUAUUCCUACCCAGGACCCAGCAGGCUCCUCGCAGAACCCUCAGCCUAGCCCGAGUGGCGGCAACGGCAACACAGGAGGAGAUGGUAACAGUGGCAAUGGUAACACUGGCGGUAACGGUAACACCGGAGGCAACGGCAAUAAUGGAGGCAACGGCAACACUGGUGGCAAUGGCAACACCGGUGGGGAUGGCAAUAGCGGCGGCAAUGGCAACACUGGAGGCAACGGUAGCCCGGGAGACAACAAUAACGGGAGCGGCAAUGGCAACGGCAAUGACGGCGGCAGCAACAACAACGGACAGACUGGGAGUGACCCCAACGGCAACAACGGCAAUCAUGGCGCAUCUUCGCCCGCCGGCGGUGAUGGGAGCGCACCUCUCACCCCCGUUCACGUCAUCCCAGUGGGCUCAACCACUCUCACCGCGAACUCGCAGUCUCAAUUCGUUGUUGGUUCGACAACUCUCCUUCCUGGCGGUCCGGCGGUGACGCUGGGAGACUCGACGAUUUCCUUGCCAAUUUCUGGCUCCAGCGUUGUCAUCAACGGCGCUACAACGGAGAUGGGAACCGUCACACUUACGCCAGAGGGGUCAGGCUCCAAUGUCCCAGGAGUGACUGGCAGUGUUCCCGGCGCAUCGGCCUCUGUAUCGCCCCCUGUUGUCACCGCGGCGGCUUCGCAUCUCAGCCAGCAAAGGGGCCUUGCCCUUGCAGUAGUGGCAGCAGUCUUUGCGGCUGCAUUGUAA